GGUCUCAACUCCAUCAAGACCCUCACUCACUUGGCCCCUCUCAGCAUCUUCGCCGACGUUGUUGAUCUUGCCGCUAUGGCCGUCGUCAUUGUUGAGGAUUCCAUGAUUAUACUCAAGCAAAGGCCUGACGUUGUUGCCUUCGGUGGUAUGUCCCUCUUCUUCUAUGGGAUGGGCGUGGCCGUUUAUUCUUUCGAAGGUGUUGGAAUGGUAUUGCCUCUUGAAUCGGAGAUGAAAGACAAGGACAAGUUUGGCAAAGUCUUGGCACUCGGCAUGGGAUUCAUCUCUUUCAUAUACAUAGCCUUUGGUUUCUUAGGUUACUUGGCUUUUGGUGAGGACACAAUGGACAUCAUCACCGCUAACUUGGGGGCAGGACUUAUCAGUUCUAUUGUUCAGCUGGGACUCUGCAUCAACCUCUUCUUCACCUUCCCCUUGAUGAUGAAUCCGGUGUUUGAGAUAGUAGAGAGGCGGUUCUCGGGUGGGAUGUACUCUGCGUGGCUGAGAUGGCUGCUAGUAUUGGCAGUGACUCUGGUGGCUCUCUUUGUGCCAAACUUUACAGAUUUUUUGUCAUUGGUGGGGAGCAGCACUUGCUGCAUCUUAGGGUUUGUGUUACCUGCUUUGUUUCAUUUGCUGGUGUUCAAGGAAGAGAUGGGGUGGAAGCAAUGGAGCCUGGACAUGGCAAUAGUGGGACUGGGAGUGGUUCUUGCUGUGUCGGGAACUUGGAGUUCCCUGAGUGAGAUCUUCUCGGUCAAAGUGUAAUUUAAUGUGAGAGGUUUCUCACUUGUGUCCAAUUACGUGUGACGUGUGAACCAUUAUAUAUGUGUAUAGGGGUUGUGGUUUAAGAGAAUCUGAAACUGUGAUUGUAAUUGUAUGUUGAUGAUGGUUGGAAUAAAAGACAUGAGCGCUGUUUUCUCUA